AUGACGGUACAUCAGCAUGCUGCUAGGUUUACUGAGUUAUCCCGUUUUGCUACUUAUUUGAUUCCCGAUAAGGAAAAGAAGAUUCGGAACUUCUCAGAAUUGGUGGAUAAAGCAACAGUUUUUGAAAGAACCCUUCAAAGAAGCGCUGCAAUGCAUGAACAGAGGAAAAGGACUACUCCUACUGGGUACCAGUCUGGCAUGGACCAGGGACCAUGGAAAAAGAGGAAUGAAGGUAGUAGUUCGGGAAAAAGGCUGGUUCAGAGUAAUCAACAGCCCUACCAGUGUAGGACAUGCAAUCAAGUGCACUCCGGAGAGUGCAGAAAAGGGGCGGGAUUGUGUUUUCGUUGUGGCAAAACAAGACACUACAUCAGGGAUUGCCCAAUGCAAAAUAGGAGCAACCAGACAUUCAUACCGCCACCUCAGAGGAAUGAAGUAUCGGCCCGGGGCAGCAAUCAACGUCCUACUGCGCCUGCUCGAGUCUUUGCACUAACACCUGGAGAAGUUGAGGGUAGGAAUGACGUGAUCACUGAUACUGAAAGGUUGAGGAACAAGUUAGUGGUUGCGACCCCAACAGGAAAUUCUGUAGUCUGUAGUGAGAUUUUACCUGGAUGCCCUCUUUCUAUAGAGGGAAGACAGAUGCCAGCAGAUUUAAUAGUUUUCCACAUGGUUGGGUUUGAUGUAAUUUUGGGUAUGGAUUGGCUGGCUUCCUAUCACGCCAGUAUUGAUUGUGCUAAAAAGGAAGUGGUAUUCAGACCCCCUAAUGAAGGGAUUCCUAGCCUGUGUGGUAGAAGCGCCAAAGGGGAAGUGAUGUUGGAACAGAUACCUGUUGUGAGAGAUUAUCCAGAGGCCUUCCCUGAAGAUUUAUCGGGACUUCCACCCGAGCGGGAGGUAGAGUUUGCUAUUGAGUUAGUUCUAGGCACGGCACCCCUUUCGAAAGCACCUUAUCGCAUGGCGCCAUCUGAAUUAGCGGAACUCAAAGAGCAGUUGCAAGAUUUUGAGACCGAGCAUGAAGAACAUUUGAAGUUGGUACUUGGGACACUCAGAGACAAACAGCUGUUUGCUAAGUUGAAGAAGUGUGAAUUUUGGCUUGAUUCAAUCACGUUUCUGAGGCAUGUAAUUUCGAAGGAUGGUAUUUCAGUGGACCCAGGAAAAGUGGAAGCCGUGGUUAAUUGGUCGGCACCGAGGAAUGUUCAUGAGGUUAGAAGCUUUUUGGGAUUGGCAGGGUAUUACCGUCGAUUCAUUGAUGGGUUUUCCAAGAUAGCAGUUCCUCUCACUGCACUCACUAGGAAAAAUAAUAGAAUUAUCCCACUCAUGAUCUGGAACUCACGGCAGUCAAUUUUGCACUUAAACUUUGGAGACAUUGCUUGCAAAACUAAUGUUGUAGCCGACGCUCUAAGUAGGAAGUCAGUGGGACCGACAAUUGCAGCUAUUACUACUCAGCAUAGGUUGUUGAUGGAUUUAGAAAGAGCCGGUAUUGAAGUCUUUUCUAGUGAUACAAGUGCUGUCAUGGCCAGUUUAGUGGUUCAACCUGCUUUGAUAGAUAGAAUCAAAGAUGCUCAGAAAGUGGACUCAGAGUUGGUGAAGCUAAGGGAAGAGAUCGGAAGCGAGUACAAACCUGAUUUUUGUCUACCAAGGACCGUAAGCGGGCAAGAUGCUAUAUGGGUGAUCGUGGAUCGCUUAUCGAAGACCGCCCGUUUUGUGCCCAUUAAAGUUUCUGAUAAACUAGAGAAACUAGUUGAACUGGUGGCUCUACCACCAGCGUUCUCGGGAGUGCAUAAUGUGUUCCAUGUGUCCAUGUUGAGAAAGUAUAUCCAUGACCCCACUCACAUCAUAGAUCAUGAACCCUUGCAGAUUCAAGAGGACAUGACCUACACCGAGGAACCAUUGCGGAUUCUGGACAGGAAAGAGCAAGUGUUGCGGAAUCGAACUAUUUCUUUGGUUAAAGUAUUGUGGAAUAAUCAUGCUAUCAAUGAAGUAUCUUGGGAAUUCGAGGAAGAGAUGCGAGUAAAGUACCCUCAUUUGUUCGAAGGAAAUUAUUAUAGCUUAUAG